GCUCAGCCCCACAUAUAAAAAAGUUUUCCAAGAUUCGCUUCCGGAAGCAGCGGAAGAAAGUCAGAAAUCUGAGCAGAAAGGAUCAUAUCUUUUUUGGAGAGGAGUUCGGGUGCACCCUAUAUUUCAAAGUGGAAUAGGCAGAGCUGGAUCAUUUGGACUAAUGCUUUAAUUCUCAAGUAAUCAUUCAUUUCCUUUCAAUUGACCUUCUAUCUAUAGAUUCCUGUGUAGGACAAGCCUUGGCAGCCUUCCACAUUGGCAGUAAAAUAUCAUUGUUGAAAAUAAUUCAAAAAUCUGGCUAGCUGCUAAUGAUCAAUACCCCACCUAAGUUAUAUAACCGGUCUGUCCAGAUUCUACAGGAUUUCCUCUCAAGAACAUUCUCUGCAGUAUGCUGAAUGAGGGUCUAACUUGGUGAAAUGUUUAAACAGAAUGGGCGGUUGUGAGUUGAGUUGUACAAGCAGAUGGGCAACAAUAUGACGUCACACUGGACAACAAUUAAUGGACGUUCUCACGAGUCAAAGUCUGAACACAGAGAUUGGGUAGCCUCAUGAGUUAAUGCAGAAUUCAGUUGGACUCUGAACUGUUAAGCAUUGAAAUUUCCUUCAGUUGCCCCGAGGAGAUUGUUACAGUCGUUAGCUCUUCUGGUGAUUGCGGCAUUAUGUCAAAGCAGAUGGAGUUGGUCAACUUGUCAUUCCUCACAGAAAAAGAGAAGGAUCUAAUCAUGAGAGUUCUCAUCCGUGAUGAGCAGCUGCGGACGCUGGAAGAAAAGCGGAUAAGGAAGCUCAAGAUGGAGCUGCUGGAAAUCCGGCGCAAGGGAGCCAAACGUGGAAGUCUGGAGUACAGUGAAAAGACUUGUGCGCGCUGUCAGGAGAGUCUUGGCCGCUUUGUCAAGAGUGGGCGUGCGUGCAAUCAGUGUAACCACCUGGUGUGCAAGGACUGUGGUGCUGAAGAUGCCAACAGCGUAUGGAAAUGCAACGUGUGCAUCAAAGAGUCAAAGCUGAAGAAACAGACUGGAGAUUGGUUCUUUGAACACCGAGCGAAAAGACACAGUGUUGAUUUUGGUAGUGAUAUAAUAAGAGCAUCACUAAAGAGGAAACAUGGGAUAAAUAAGCGAGAGACAGUGGGACAGGCAUUGCUACAAAAGGUACUGGCCAAUGACGCAAAGACAAAUACUGAAGCAAAGUCACAGCAGAAGGUCUUUGAAGAUGAAGGCAAAGGUUCUGGCAAUCAGUCAGAAACCCAAGAGGCUGAUGAUCAGCUAAGCGACACAGAGUCCACUGGACACCUGAGUGUCAGCAGCAACAAGAGCAGUAUACACUCUGCCUCUAGACACAACACACCCAAAAAUUCCAGGCGGAACUCCUUAACUGAAAGCAGCCUCGGUAAUGUGAAUGGUUUUCCUGCUUCCCGACCUGUUGUCACAGGCAGCAUGACUCUUCCAGUCAAAUCAACGACACCAGCCAAAAACAGAAACAACCUGCCAUCUGACUCAAACAAUGAAACUCGCACAAAAAUAGACAGCAAAAUUUCAGUGGAUGAAAAUGCUCCAGAAGACAUGUUUAAAAAGAGUGUAAAACGAAAUCUAAAAUCCACAGAUUAUAGUAAAUCGGUGAUGGAUCUCCGUGUAUCGGAUGCUACAGACAAGGAGGAAUCCAUGGGAGACCGCAGUCAGUCAGUUCCAGGUCUGAAUGUAGAACAGGAUGAGGAAGAGGAGGAUAUUGAUAAGUUGGUGUCAAUGCACCGUUUGACAAAUCCUCGCCAAAGCCUCAAGAGUGGAAGUUCUGUGAGUACGUUAGGCAGCAUGGUCAGUAUCUAUAGUGAAGCAGGUGACUUUGGCAAUGUUACCGUCACUGGAGAGAUCAUCUUCUUCCUCCGCUAUGACCAAAAGAAACAAGCACUUAAUAUACAUGUGAAGGAAUGUCGCAACCUCGCUUAUGGGGAUGAGAACAAGAGGAGAUCAAAUCCCUAUGUGAAGUCUUAUCUGUUACCUGAUAAAUCAAGGCAAAGUAAACGCAAGACUACAGUUAAACGUAACACAACCAGCCCUGUCUACAAUGAAAUCUUACGGUAUGACAUCAGUGACUCACAGUUAAUUAUGAGGACGUUGCAGCUUUCUGUGUGGCACUAUGAUCGCUUCGGACGCAAUAUAUUCCUGGGAGAGGUGGACCUGUCACUUGAUACUUGGAAACUCAACAGUGAUUCGGAAGAGUGCCUUCCCCUUCAUGGCAAGGCAAAUGAAGAGUCUGGGUCUAUCCCUCCUUACAAAGGGGAGCUCGUAAUUUCAAUCAAAUACAUCCCAAAUACUAAAACUGCUCUUGCAAGCAAGAGCAAAGGAAAGAAAGGUACAAGGUCAGAAGAGGGUGGAGAGUUGCAGGUGUGGAUUAAGGAAGCCAAGAACCUUGCACCAAUGAAAGUAGGAGGAACUUCUGACACUUUUGUCAAAGGGUACCUUCUGCCAUUCAGAAACAAAACUUCAAAGAGGAAAACACCGGUGAUGAAGAAGACGCUGAACCCUCACUACAACCACACCUUUGUGUACAAUGGCAUAAAAUUGGAGGACCUGCAGCACAUUUGUCUGGAACUGACAAUCUGGGAUAGAGAGCCCCUGUCAACAAAUGACUUUCUGGGAGGAGUCCGUCUAGGAGUUGGAAAUGGAAUGAGCAAUGGGCAGAAAGUGGAAUGGAUGGAUUCAACUGGGGAAGAGAUCAACGUUUGGCAAAGGAUGACCCAAUAUCCUGGCUCCUGGGUUGAAGGAACUCUGCUGCUUCGACCAGACAUGACAGGACAUAUAUAAUCAAUGGAUUCAGGCCAAUCAUUUGAUUAGUAUAUUGUGGAAGUGAUUUCUAUAAUGCAAACAACACUAUUGACACACUCUAGGACAUGGUAAUGUUUUAUUCCUAAAUCAACAAAUCCAUACAAACUUUUCUACCAAAGUUGUCUCUCAGAAAUCAAAAUAAUUUGCUCAAGAAUGGAUAUAACUAGCUCCUGGAAUUCACAAAAACAAAACUGGAUAUAUGGCACAUGAGGCUUAACCAUGUCAGGAAAGAGGAAAUGGAAAAAAUUGGUGCAAGGGGAAGUUAAAAAGCCACUCCUUAUUCUACCCUUCCUUUUUCUUCCUCCUCUCACUCUAUUCACCAAGAAAAAUAACAAAUUCAGUCAUUGCAAUGUUUUGGGCACUAUCCUUAAUUUCAUUAGUAUAUGUGGAUCUUAUAUUUUGAGAGUAAGUUAUUUCCUAUUCAUUAAACCAAAGAUGUAUAUUUGUUUUGUUUCUUGCAGUGAGACAUUGUAGUGAGAAUUAUAUUUAUUUUCAAGACAAAAUGAUCAAUCAUCUAUCAGAAAAUUGAAUUACUAACCUAAUAAUGGUAGAGUUGUAAGCUGCAGCAAAAUACAAGCUGCAAAUUCCCUUAAUACUAUUUCUUUUUCUGGACUAGAAAGCUUUCUCCAGAUACAAAACAUGCCCGUGUGAGUACUAAACUCAACAAUGGGACUCAAAUGGCAGUAAUUACAGUGGAUUCCCGUUAACUGGGCCACCAGUUAAUCAAGGCAGCCACUUAUUUGGGACAAGUCUUAAAAAUACACAAAUUGAGAGAAUCUAUGCCGCUUAAUUGAGGCAGGAGACUGUUGUCAAACUGAUUCUAACUAGGGUCAGUUGUGUGCACUUGUGAAGCCAUUAGAUGCUACACUGUGCUUGGAGUAAACAGUUAUUAAAGAGCAUCAAUUAUGUGAGUUUGUGUUCAAAAAGCAGUUAUUUUUGUCACUGACAGUGAGAAAUUAUCAGUAAGAUCAUUCAGAACUAACUGUUUUGCCCACUGCAGUUUCAAGCACUCAGGCUUGGAGAUGCCAGAAAUGGCCAGGAGCGAAAAAUGAACUAUUUCUCUACUUCAACAAGUUAGGAAAUAUGAAGAAUUUGAAAGUAUCAACAAUAAUCUUGAAUGUUACAAUGAAGAAUAAUGUUUGGGGGAUGUAAUUGUCGAUAGCAUUGCAUGAAGACAGUCCAUUGUCUGCACUGAUUUGUUCAAUUAUAGUCAAUCCAAAGAAUGCAGCAGUGGUACACUGACUGAAUUCCUCCUCUGUCGAUAAUUAUUAGCAACUAAUACAGUUUUAUAGUACUGUAGUACUAAUGGAAGUGUUCUAAUGUUCUAUAUUUCAUGUUAAGUACAUAAUUUGUUACACAGUUGGUUUGUUUUUUUGAAUCCUGAAGAAGAGUCUUGGGCCAAAACUGUUUAUUCAUUUUCAUAGAUGCUGCCUGACCUGCUGAGAUUUUCCAGAUUUGGUUUGUGUGUUGCUUUGGAUUUCCAGCAUCUGCAGACUUUCUUAUGUUUUGUUUUUUUUUUAAAUAUCUUUUCAACUAUUUCCAUGAAAUUGGCUAGUUGGACAGCCACUUAAUUGGUCCCAAAAUAUACAGAUUCCACUGUGUCUCCAUUAACUGGAAUCCACUGUAUUUUAUUAUCUUGUGACCAGUCUUUUCCAGGUGUUAUCAAUUCUGUUGCAUUUUCUUAUGCCCAGGAACCAAACCCACAUUCAGUUUCUAAGCCUUGUAUUUGACUGGACACAUUCAAAUUGUCUUGUGCAAUGGUUUAUUUAGUAUUUUCCAAAAUUGCAAACAUUAUCUCCUUUAUACAUUUUUGUUGCCACCUUGGGAGAGCUGUACAAUCUCUGGGGAAGGGAGAAAUGUGCAAGCAAGCAAAGGAGAGACAACAUUUUCCAUCACCUUGAAUAAAUGUUAAUGAGGGAGACCAUAGAACUCAGGCAAUUUGUCAACACAUUCAUGAACUUGCUAUCAGUUUCCAGCAGGUUUGGGCAGAGCCCUGACUCUGGGAAUGCUUGUCAGACUCUCACCCUCUCCAUUGUCAAGAUGUGGGUCUAUUCAUUGCUCCGAGAGUGCCCACGGAGGGUCUACAGCUCGAGCGGUUGUUAUUUCUUUAAAUAAUAUCUGUUGAAUGUACAGGCUGGAUUGCCAUAAUAAAUCAAUACUCUUCAGCAUAACACUAAAUAGUAUGGCAGCUCUCAGCAUAGUUCAGUCAGAAGAAUGUGAUCUGUGUCAGCCUUUGUUAAUUUAACUAUUGACUGAUUAACACUGAAUCAGAAUCAAAGUUACUAUCACUGACCGUUUUGUUUGAAGUUUGUUUUUCAGCAGUAGUAUAGUGCAAAGACACAAAGACUAUGAAUUUUAUGGCUUUUCACUACUGAUGCCACAAUCAGUUAUAACAACUGAUUCUGAUCAGUUUAUUUGCAGUUAAUUAAUAAAGGCUAUUACAGAUCAGAUUCUUCUGACUGAACUAGUCAAAAAGCUCUAAGCUAGAGAAUUUGAACAUGCAUCAAGAAUUUUAAACACCAUUGGGUAGAAAUUCAUCUUUGGUCACUUUUACUGCAGUGCUACAUACUGUUCAUGUGGAACUUCCAUUUCUAAUUUUAAAAGUGUGUAUAUUAAGGCUAAAGCUAAUACCUCUUCUUGUAUCCCUAUUCACAUUUUCCCCACAGCACAUUCUGAUUUUUUUUCAAAAUUCUGAAAAUAUUUUCAAGUUUUGAAACAAUGUAAAAUCAGUAACAAAAGACAAUAUGUACGAUCUAUCAGUGAGGAAGGGAUGCCAGAAUUGUUCAUGCAAACUUUUAAUCCAAGAAGACAUGCAAAAUAUUCAAAUAUUUUGCAUUCAAUGGACAAAUUAAACCUGCUAAAUCAAUAAUUCUGUUUAAAUAUGCAGAAUAUAAAUGAAAGUCACUGUUUACAAACACUGAAGUACAUAGAGCUCAAACCCAUAACAAUGGAACUUUCUUUUUCUCUAUGUACCUUAACUCAAAUAAAAUGUAUUAAUUUAAUAAAUAUUACCACAUUAUCUGUGAUUAACUUCUUAAUCGUUGACCUGAAACAUUCAUUGUUUCUUUUCCUGCAGAUGAAGCCUGACCUAAGUAUUUCCAGCACUUUGUUUGUAUAAUACACAGCAUUAUAUUUCAUUAGUGUGGUGACUAUAAGAAACAGGCCAUCUGACCCCUCUAGCCCUCCUGCAUGCACCAUUCAAUAAGAUCAUGGUGAUCUGGCUGUGGACUCAGCUCCACCAACCUGCUUUUUGACCACAAUUUUAAUUCUGCUUUGCAAAAAUCUCUUUGUCUUAAAUGUAUUUAGUAAGGUAGCCUCUUCUGCCUCACUGGGCAGAGUAUUCUACAGAUUCACUAUUCUCUGAAAAAGCACCUUCUCCUCAUCUCCGUUGUAAAUCUAUUCCUCAAACUUUGAGGCUAUAUCCUCCAGUUCUAGCCUCAUGAGUGCAAGUAACUUCCCUGUCUCUAUCUUAUCUAUCCUUUUCAUAAUUGUAUGUUUCUAAAAGAUCUCAUCUCAUUCUUCUGAAAUUACAUAUAGUCCCAAGCAACUCAACGUCUCCUCAUACCAUCAUCUCUGGAAUUAAGCUGGUGAACAUCCUCUACACCAUUUCCAAAGCCGGCAAGUAAGGUGACAAGAAUCACACACACUACUCUAGGUGUGGCCUCAGCAUUGUCCUCUACAGUUGCAGCAUAACCUCUCUGCUUUUAAAUUCAAUCUCUAAUGAUGAAUGCCAACAUUUCAUUUGCCUUCUUGCUAACCUGUUGCACCCAGCAAAUCAACUUUUUAUGAUGCAUGACUCUGCACAACAGCACACUGCAAUUUUUCACCAUUUAGAUAAUCCGAUCUAUAUUUUUUCCUUCCAUCAUGACCUCACAUUUACCAGCGUUGUACUCCAUGUACCAGACCUUUGUUCACUCAAUUAACCUAUCUGUAUCUCUUUCCAGACUCUCUGCAUCUCUGCACAAUUUGCUUUACCACUCAAUUUAGUGUCAUCAGUAAACUUAGUUACAUUUCACUUGGUCUCUACCAAAUCAUUAAUGUAUAUUGUGAACAGUUGCAGGCCCAGCAACAACCUUUGUGGCACCGACAGGAUAAUUAGGUAUUCUUCCUUUAGGCUUACUCUUUGCCUUAAAUUGGUUUACCAAUCUCUAUCCAUAAUAAUAUAUUACCCCCAACUCCAUGAAUCCUUAUCUUUGGAUAAGUGUUAUAUAAGGCACCUUAUUGAACUCUUUCUGGAAAUCCAUGUCUCCAUCAUUUCCCCUCUAUCCACUGCAUCCAUUUUAUCAUCAAAUAAUUCCAUUAAAUUUGUCACGUAGUACGUUCACUUCAUAAAUCCAUGAUGUGCUCGCCUGAUGGAACCACUUCUGUCCAGAUAUCUUGUUAUUUCUUCCUUAAUGAUAGUUUCAAGCAUAUUAAGAUAACUGACCUUCAUCUGCCUUUUGCCUACAUCCUUUUUUAACCAGUGCCAUGAUAUUCGCUGUCUUCCAAUCCACUGGGGCCUGCCCAGAGUCCAGAGAAUUUUGGUAAAUUACCACAAACACAUCUGCUAUAAAUUCCACCAGUUCUUUCAGUUAUCAUCCUUUGUACAACCUUAGGCAAAAUAAAAAAAAUAUUUGAACAUUUUUAAAAUAUCAAAUAUUAGAAAUCUGAAAUAUAAAGUGCUGGAAAGACACAGCAGUUCAGGCAGCAUUCUUUGAACAAUGAUAAGGUUAAUAUUUUAUAUAGUAUAAUAUUUUAGGUCAACAAUAAACUUUGUUUAUUGAAGGAGGAUUAUAAUAAGUUACUGUUUUCUCAGCUGCAUGGCAAAAUGAUGAAUCAGAAAUCCAAUCUGUACAUCCUGCAUUGAUAAUUUCUAAACAAUCAAAUACUUGUGAUUGCUUUAAAAUUGUGUGUAUUAAAGGAAUUGGGGUUGAGUGUUAAGGGUGAACCCUCGGCAAUAAGUAUAUAUGAUAUAUAAUGAAAAUUGUCCAUCCUAUUAUUAAUACUAAUUAUGCAUUUUCCUACAUUCGCUGGUUCACCAAUUUAACUGGAAUACGAACAUGGCAGCCUUUGUCUUAAAGAACUUUGAUGGCCAAUUCUAGGUUAAAUAUUGUCUGGUGUUAGGAGUGGCAUUAGGAUUCCACAGGUGAAGGCACUGGGCUGGGAAGAUGCACAGUACGCCACAAGCCAUUUACUCUGGGUUCUCUUAACCAGUCAAGCUUUUCAUUUAAACACAAAGUACACUGCAGAUGCUGUGGUCAAGUCAACACGUACAAACAAGCUGGAGAAACUCAGCAGGUCGGGCAGCAUCCGUGGAAACGAACAGUCAACGUUUCGGGCCGAGACCUUUCGUUUUUCCAUUUCUCUGAGCUUCUUCAAAUCCCCUUCCUUACUGUCAGCCCCAGAUGACACAGCCAUCACUCAGCUUGUAAUUGCCCUUGUAAAGGAGCUAGACAGCUAUCUAAUGAAUGCGGUCAACCUCAUGCAAAUAUAGUUGGUUUAGUGAUAAAUCUGAGAUGAUUGCAUUGUCUAUAUAAAAGGUUUUCAACUCUUUGUGCUGUGCUUCUCCAUAAGGAGGGAAGCAUUUUGCCACUGCAGUCUUAAAAUCGAAUAAAAUAGUAUCAUGUUA